AUGGCGGACCCUCUUUCCAUCUCAGCGAGCAUCGCUGGGUUAGUUGCUCUUGCCGAUCUCGUCUUCCGAUCAGGCACGAAAUACGUCAAGAGCUACAGAGGCGCCCCAACAGAAGUUGGGAACCUCAUCCGCGAAGUUAGGAGUCUCUCUGUCAUCUUACACAACCUUUCCCUUGUCGCUUUUGACCUAGAAGAGACUGGACCACCCGAAACAACUGCUGCUGUUCACGAGCCGCCAACUGUUCUUCAACCGCAUUAUCUCCACGACUGCCACCAGCUGCUGAGGCGCUUGGAGACAGGUCUUUCGCGUACAGAAGCUUCCUUAGAUUUGAGUUCUGGGCGCUCAAGAAUACAAGCUCGACUAAAAUGGCCUUAUACUUCAACCGAGUCCAGGGAAAUGAUCCAGGAUAUACAGCGCUACAACCAGAUCAUCCACACAGCUCUUGCCGCUGACUCUCUAGCCAAGCUCAAACAUUGCUUAUCCCGACAAGUCGAAAUGAAGGAUGGCCUUGAAAGAAUCAGUCGCACCGCGGAAAAGAUCUUGGACAUACAAGUCAAGAUUGCCCUCGAUGCCAAAAGGAAUAAAGUCCUCAAAGAUUUUGGCCAAGUUAAUCCUCGGGGUGAAUACGAGACCAACGACAGCCUACGGCAUGGCCUCACCGGCCUUUGGCUCACGCAAGGUCCAGAGUUUGACUACUGGUACUCAACUCCGGCUUCAAGGCUCUGGUGUAGUGGUAUACCUGGUGCUGGGAAGUCAGUCCUUUCUGCAGCCGUGAUCAAGGAGUGUUUGCAAAGAAACGCUCAUGAUGCACAAAAAGCAACCGCGUACUUCUUCUGCACCUAUAGACAUGAGCGCUCCCAGCAUCUGGUCAAUAUUCUUUCUUCUCUUUGUAUCCAACUCGCCCUGCAGAGCGAAAACGCUUUCCAAAUCUUAGAAGAGUAUCACGGCCAACUAUUCUCAAGUCACCACCUCUCUACAAAGCCCACCGCCGAAACGCUCACACAGGUACUACAUCGUAUCUGUGCUUGCUUUACCCGCGUCUACAUUAUCGUCGAUGGUCUCGAUGAGUGUGACAAUCGAGUCGAAGCAAAUGUAAAGUGCUUGGCCGAGCUUGCGCUGCCACAAGGGUACGAUAUUAUCAACAUGGCGUUAUUUAGCCGGGACGAGAGCAUUAUACGCACACGUCUGGAGAAAGACUUUCCUCAUGUCGAAAUUGAGGCCCAUACCGAGGACUUGCAACUCUAUGUCGCCUCGGAACUUAACGAGAGGAUUGCUUCAAAACGGCUGAGGCUUCACAGAGCUCGACGUGACGCCUUGAGCAAGCUUCCCCCUUCGCUCUAUGCAACUUACGAUCGUAUCUUACUAAGAAUUGAUGGUUGUAACGAUGCGGUAAAGCGACUGGUCAAGGGAGCGCUAUUAGUGCUCGCGACGUCUUUCUCCUCACUCUGCUUCAAAGAAAUCUGCGAGGCCAUUUCCUUGGAAGACGGCGCAACAACUCUCGAAGAUGAUGAGAUUGUAGAGGAAGAUGAAUUGCUGCGAUGGUACAGUAGCCUUGUUCGAGUCAACAAAUCCGACUCUUUCGCCUAUGGCAAAAGAAUUCAGUUUGCACACUUUACAGUCCAAGAAUAUCUUCAGUCCUUGAAGACUCUCAAUUCGGAUCAUCAAUACCCAAAGCUCAGAGAAUACGCUGUUUCGCGCGUAGAUGGUAUCGACUUUUCUUUCCUGUGUUUACGCUUCCUCACUAUGGAGGACAUGGAGCGAUUUCCGCCAACCCCUGACAUAACACGUAGUAUCGGGGACAUGCUUGCUCGACGCAGACGCAGAACCUUUUACUGCAAAUCAGUACUAUCUUGGACACCAUAUAAGACACCACCGUCAAAUAUGGAAGAUGAGACAAAUAGGCUCCUGCGGAAACUCUUCCAACCAUCCAAAACGCCCUCCUUCUGUCUAUGGGCAAUUGACUUCAUAUUCAGUCAUCAUCCCUCGUCUUCAACAGACGUCUCUUCUGAGUCAAGAAGAGUUCUAUCGAAAGUCAUUAGUGCGGUGCUCAGGCCUGAAUUCACGCCUCUUCACAUGGCAGCUGCAUUCAUCUCACCCCUGACAUUCUCAUUACCAUCCGAAACUAUGAUAUCUCUCACUUUAUUAUGCCCUGAUCUAUUCACCAACAACGUCGAAAUCAUCAUCAAGCUUCUUAGGGCUGGUGUGUCAAUCACGGCUCAAGAUGUGCAGCUCUUCAGAAGUCUUUACGAUAGGUGCCUGCAGAUGCCUGCUUUCACAUCCGAGACCUCUCAGAUAUGGUCUCUCUUUCCACAAUUACUCGAGGCCCUUGGCGAAAACAAUACACCAGACUGUCCUAGAUUUGUCCUUCGCCAGAAAACCACAGACUUUAUCUUAAGAGCAAGCGAAAGAAGGCAACCCCAGUCCCCAGAUAGGCAGUCGCUUGAUGGCGCCAGUAAUGAAGAGGCCCUCAAAUACUUCCACUCACUGAUCAGGUUGAACAAUGGAGCUGGGAUGAGGGCUUUCCUUGCCACUCCGAGAGCUGAAUUGGCAAAGCCGGCGGACAUUGAUCCCGGGAAUCUUGGAUGGAAUGCUCUUCAUCUUGCAUUACGUUCCAAGCCAGUUCAUCUGUGCUGUCUGGAUAACACCGGUGAGGCGCUUCAAAUGUUACUGCGCUUUGGUGGAUCAAUUCUUGACACCGACAAAUUGGGCAGGACCGUGUGGCAUGUAGCCGCAGAGCUGAACUCCGUGACGCUUCUGGAGAAAUUACUUGACUUGGGCGGCGUACAUGCUGCGCUAAAAUUCACGUCCAAGCACCAUGAGACCCCUAUUUGUGCGGCAGCGACUCAAUUACACCUCGAGGCUGUUUCUCUUCUCCUGCCUUUUUGCAAAACGGAAGAACACUGGACAAGCAGUAAAGCGCUGUCCGCCAUUCUAUAUGAACCCAGAUUCUCUGGGAUCGUUCAAUCCCUACAUGGAUUCGGCAUCUUGUCACAAACGCCAUGUGGUACGCAUGCUCUAUCAUGUGCAUUCUAUCGUGCUAUUCCUCUUGAUGAUGUACAGACUUGUGAGAAGCUUUACGGUCUCGGCUGCCCUUUGGGCAAGGCCUUGGGAUGUGGUGAAGUCACAAGGUUCUUCCUGGAUAUUUCAGGUGACUUCAUCUUCAAAAGCACCACAAGGCUUGAAUCGCUCAGUGCCAUCAUUGAUCAGAAGGAUAUCCGUCAUCAGAACCGGACUCCUCUUUUUGUGGCAGCCACGCUGAACAAUGUGAAAGCGGUAAAUGCUUUACUUAUUCAUGGGGCCGAUGUCAACGCAACCGACGACAGAAAUCGCACGCCUCUUUUUGUUGCAGUUGAGCAAGGUGUGACAGAAGUUGUAGAGUUGCUCAUUGGUCACGGUGCUCAUGUCGACGUGAUGAGCACUUCAUCUCACGGACUCCUUGAUGUGGCUUUCGUGCAGAAAUCGUGGAGAAUGGUCGACACUCUUCUUGAGGCCGGCCUAUCAAGAAAACGAACAAAUGUGGACGGAAGAAAUCUCCUCGGCCUUGUGACUUUAUGGACUUGCCAACCAGGCGCCAAACCCAACAUUGGACUCUUCAAGCGGCUCCUAGAUCUUGGCGUCGAUCUAUAUCUCAGCACCUGGCCUGACCAUUUCUUCUGCAACGGAGUAGAUAACUUGGUUGAUAUAACCUAUAGCCUUCGCUAUGUCAAACCUUCAAUCAAGAUUGAAGGUGUCCGCCAGCUAUGUGGCCUGGAAACCCCUGGUGCUCAUAGUUUGUUGUGUCGAGCAGCCUGCUGGGGUUCGGUCACGGCGAUCCUGAACCUUAUCAAGCUCGGUAUUAGUGAUCUUGAACACCAUUGUCAUGAACACGGAUCGCCCUUAAAUGCUGCCGUUCAAAACCACAGAUGGGAGGCAGUCAAGUUUCUUAUGCUUCAUGGCGCUACGGUUCCUGAAGAUCUUUUGAGGCCCAAGAAUUCUACUCCGAGUACUGCAAACCCAGAUUUUAUUAUUCGAGAGUGGCUAUUUGUUGGCAGGCACACGGAGCGAAAGCGACUUUCACUUGGCCUUUGGGACGAUGAGCCGGAGAUUAAGAGCUGGUCUGGAGCAUGGGUUGUUCGGGUGCCAUUACAAUGGCGGGAUAGGAAGUGUUCUGUAGAGAGCAUCUUGGAAUACGCCAAACGAAGACAUUGGCUUGAGAUUGAGUACAAGUCAAGCGAUAUUCGAGAUGUUCAAUUAGUGCGGCCAAAAGAAAGAUGUAGGAGCAUGUCGAGUGUUGAACGCUAG